AUGUCAGGCGGGGGUCGGGGGGGUAGUGACUCCGCCAACGCGUGGAGUUUCGUGAAGGAGCAGGAGCUUACGACGGACACGGAGCAGGAGCUGAAGGCGCUGCAAGCAGGCCCGGACCCCAGCCUCGCGUCCUUGCAUGUGUCCAAGUCCUUUCCGCCGGAGGUGGGCAAAGCAGCAGCGGCGAGCGCGGCAGGCGCGGUGGGGGGGAGGGGGAACCUGGGGAACCUGCAGCCGCUGCCAGUCGCGCCCCCUACCGUGCCAUCUGGCGCGUCUUCUCCGCGCAGCGGCCCCUCCACGCCGCCUGAACCAUCAGCCAUGGGAGCUGCAGGAAGAGGAGGAUUAGGAGGAUUAGGAGGAUUAGGAGGAGCAGGAGGAUUAGGAGGAGCAGGAGGAGCAGGGCUGUACGGUUCUUCCCCUUCGAAACAGCCGUUGGAGCACAGGUCUCCCCAUCCGCACAUCGUGUCGCCAGACAGACGGGGUCAAGCCUCCAACCCCCUGCCCCUCCCUCCCGCCAGACAAGUAGGCGCGCUGGGCUCAGGACCAAUGGCCGUGAGAAUGGAAGCACCGGCGCCAGGUGUAGGCCCAGGUGUAGGGUCAGGUGUAGGGUCAGGUGUAGCAGCAGCACCAGGGCCUGUCCGCGCGCUCUUCCCCGUGCAUUCCUCCCCUUCCCGGGACCUCGAAGCCGUUUCUGUGAACCAUCCGCCGUCUCACGAGGCUCCGCCGUCAAUCCUCGUAGGUCGAGGAGCAGCAGGGGGCGCGGGCGGUGCUGCUGCUGGUGCUGGUGGCACCGGUGGUGCUGGCGGGUUUGGUCGUGCUGAUGGUGGGUUUGGUGGUGGUGAUGGCGGUGGGUUUGGCGGUGGUGGGGGAAGUGGGGAUGUUAGUCCUCUCGCGCGAGGGAGGUCCGUGUCUACAUCUGGAGCGCCCGGUGGCGGAUCUCAGGGGCACAGCCCGCGGACUCCCGCGCCCUCUCCUAUGGAUGGAGCUGUAGCAGCUGUAGCAGCUGUAGCACCUGUUGCGUCCGCUUCAGCUGGCACUUCGCCGUCUGGCCGCCACAGAAUGUCCCCGCCAGCAGGAGUGCCCUUUGGUGCUCCGCCUGUUGCCGGGAACCCUGCUGCGUUGAAUCGGCAAGGAAGUGGAGGGGUGGGUGGGGGAUUCGGAGGAGGGAUGGGCGGGAAUAUGGGCAGAGGAAUGGGAGGAAGCAUGGGCGGAGGAAUGGGAGGGAACAUGGGCGGAGGUAUGGGGGGAGGAAUGGUCGGAGGAAUGGGGGGCAACAUGGGCGGUGGUAUUGGGGGAGGAAUGGGCGGAGGAAUGGGGGGAGGGAUGGGGGGAGGACUGGGCGGAGGAAUAGGGGCAGGAAUGGGGGGAGGAAUGGGCGGAGGGAUGGGCGGGGGCGGAAUGGGGGGAGGGCUGAUAGCAGGAGGAAUGACGCCACCAGGGGGCAUGAUGACGCCACCAGUAGGAGGUAUGGCAACCCCACCCGCUAGCAGCUCCAAGCUCUCAACUCAAUCUGCAUCCCCCUUCCGAAUCAAACCUCUCGUGCCCAAGCUCGAGCCCCUCCCAAUUCCCACCACCAAAUCCCCCGUUGCCUCCCCCAGAGCCGCCACAGACAGGCCGCCGCUGCCCUUUGAACCUUCUCAGAACCCACAGAAUCCGAUGUUUCCCAAGUCGGCAAGCCAAACGUCCACCCCCGGCCAAGUGUCGAGAGUCGGCUCGAUGAAUGAUGGGCACGGGAGGGAUGUUGUCGGGCUGCCCGGAGGAGCAGGGUUCGGGCAGCAUUUCGGGCAGCCGCAGCCAGGGCAGCAAAUAGGUCAACAGUUUGGGCAGUCAGGGCAGCAAUCAGGGCAGCAGUUGGUUCAGCAAUCAGGUCAGCCGUUUGGGCAGCAGUCAGGGCAGCAGUCAGGGCAGCAGUUAGGGCAGCCGUUGGGGCAGCAGGUGCAGCAGCAGCUGGGGAGAGAAGGCAUGCUUCCCUGGCAGCAAUUUCCCAAAUCAUCCAGUCAAAGCCAGGCGUCCACCCCUGGAAACCUCUCCAGGGGAGGUUCCACUAACGAGGGCUCCAUGCUCGUGCCUCCAGGUGGCUCUCCUAUAGUCACAGCAGCAGGCGCUGGAGCAGAAGGUGCUGGGGAUGAGGAGGGGGACGGGUGGGUGCCUCAGAGGGGAAGGUGGAAGAAGGGCAGCAGGAUAGGGUCGGGAGGAUUCGGGUCCGUGUACAAAGGAAGCGACAUCGAUACAUCACGUGUGUUUGCGGUCAAGGAGGUCAAUAUCUCGGACCACAACUCUAUCUCUCAGCUCGUGCAGGAGAUCGAUACUUUGAAGAAAAUGCGUCACAAGCGCAUCGUCCGAUACCUGGGCUCGGAAACUGACGACAAGUGCAUGUAUCUCUUUCUCGAGUACAUGGACACAUCGCUCUCCAAGUACCUGGAGGACUUUGGCCCCUUGGAGGAGCAUCAGAUCGCCAAGUACACUCGCCAGCUGCUGGAGGGGCUGGCUUACCUGCAUGACAACAACAUCGUUCAUCGAGACGUGAAGGGGAAGAACAUUCUGCUGGAUACCAAGGGAAACGCCAAGCUCGCUGACUUUGGUGUAGCGAAAUAUGUGGAGACGCCAUCAGACAUGUCGGGCAUGCGCGGCACUGUGUGGUGGAUGGCGCCUGAGGUGAUCAACAAGCGGCCGGACGGGUACAACUGGCCGGUGGACAUCUGGAGUCUCGGUUGUACUGUCAUUGAGAUGGCCAUGCGGGUUGUCGAUAAGCGUCUGCGCAUCCCUUGGCUUGACAUCGAAGGCAAGCCGCCCUGGGGGGCGUCGCCCACUGACGGGAUGGCGGCUAUUCUGAGAAUAGGCGGCACAACAACCCCACCGCCCAUCCCCAGCCACCUCUCAGACUGCGCCAAGGACUUCCUCCGCCACUGCCUCGCUGUCAACCCCUCCCACCGCCUGCGAGCCCACAAGCUCAUGCAGCAUGUGUUUGUCGCAGGGCCAGUGCCCGUGGGGAUGGGGUUGAGCAGUGGAGGCAUGGGCAGUGGAGGCAUGAGUAGUGGAGGCAUGAGUUCGGGUCAUUUGGACGCUCCUCGCUCCCCCAGUGCCAGCGGUGUCGGCGGUGGUAGGAGGGAUCCAGAACCUUUGUUUGGUGGCAGUGGCAUUGGCGGUGUUGGUGUUGGUAGGGGGGACCCGGAGCCUCUGUUUGCAGCAGGUCCUGCAACUUCUGCUGCUGGUGGCAGUGUGGGUGGUUUGGCUGGUAAUGGUGGUCCGGAGCCGUUGUUCCGAGGCUCGGGUGGCGGUUCGGGUCCCGAGCCUCUCUUCUCCGCCAGCAGCACUGCAGCUUCCAGCGCUAGUGGUAGAAGCCAUUCAGGUUCGGGCCCCGAGCCUCUUUUCCCGAGCCAGGACAACCGGACCUCACCUCCUCCUCAUCACCAGUACCAGCAGCAGCAGCAGAUGCCUCUCGACCGCACACGCAGUCCCACAUCUAAUGAGUUACAACCCGUUGGAGGCACAGGCAGCAGCAGCAACAACAGUAUUAAUUACCCAGGCAAAUCCCCGCCUAGAAGCAAGCCUAAAUCCCUCUCCGGCCCUCUCACGCCGCCCCGCCGCCGCCCGGACAGAGAGUCAGGACGCACAUACAGCCAUGGAAUGCCGGCCCUUCCAGACCAAGCAGCUUACCUGGAGGAGAGUGAAGGGGCGGGGGAUCGGCCAUAUAGCGGUGGUGGGAGAUCGUUGGGGGGAGAGCAAGAUGGGUAUCCAUCUGGCAGCAGCAGCAGUAGCGGUGGUGGGUUUGGUGCUGGUGGUGGGGGUGGUGGUGGUGCUGGUGGUGGUGGUGGGGGUGGAGGGAUGUAUGGGGCCCCUCAUGGCCUUUCUCCUCCUCCUCCACCUCCUCAGAUGGUCGCUAGGGGGAGUAGUGCAGAUGGGUAUGGCAGUGGUGGAGAUGGGUAUUCUUUCUGUCUCCUCUUGUUUCCCAACUCAUCAUUUUCCUCAUCCCUCCUCUCUUCUCCACCUCCCUUCCCUUCCCCACCCAUCACCCUGAGCAGAGACGUUUCCCCACACCGAGCUUCCUCCCUCUCCAUCCCCCCACACGACCGCCCCCACAACUUCCCCUUGCAAGGCCCCCACACGGCUCCCUUGCACCAGUCACCCAGCCAGUACCCCUACUCUUCCCAGCAAAACCCAUACCACCACCCCCAACCGCAGCAGAACCCCUCUUACCCCCAGCGGCCUUACGACCACUACCCCCCGCCGCCGCCUAACCAAUACUCCCAGCAGAUGUGGCAGGGUGGGGGGGGGGGAGGAGGGGGAGGAGGGGGGCGGAUGGGGGGUGGGUGGGAACAGGGGGCAGAGGGAAUGGGUGGGUAUGGUUCUUCAACUCAAGUCUCUGGUGCUGGUGGUGGGGGUUAUUCUGGUAAUAUACGGGGGGACAUGAGAGGAGGUAUGGGCCCAGGCAUGGUAGCAGGUUCGGGAUCAGCGCAGGGAGUGGCGUACCGUGCAGUGCCUGAUCCCGACCUCGCAAGCCCCCCGUUUGAGUCACCCUACACGGCCCCUGACAUUCCCUUGGACUAUCACCAGCAGAACGGCACCAACUACCCCGAGCAGGUGCUUCUCGCCCCAGCUUCUCCCGAUGGCCUUUUCAUGUUUGUACGGUUUGUCAUCCCCAACAUCAUGCCGUUAAGCGCAUGUGAGAGGAGGCACAAACUUCCGAUUGACCUGCUCACGGAACUAGGGGAAGAGGCAGGGCGUGUCAUCAAGUCUAGUGAGGGGAAAGCAGGUGUGGGGGAGGAGGAAGAGGACGAGAAGGACGCGAAGGAGGGGGAGGGAGGAGAAGAAGAAGGGGAGGAGGGGGAAGAGAGGGAGGUGGAGGGGGGUUUUGUGGAAGGCGGGAUGGGUGCGAGCAAGUGCAGGCGCAAGCGCUCUGUGCUUUAUGGCACGGACCCCAACGCCCUCAACCAGUCAGCAAGGUGCAGCAAGAUCCAUGUGCUAAUUAAAAUUGGAAAGGCAAACUUUGUUCAUCUGCGCAAGCGCUCCCUGCACUAUGGCACGGACCCAAACGCCCUCAACCAAUCAGCCAGUGGUCAUUCCUUCCGCUAUGCAUUCGCAGAGGGCACAGACGGAGCAUACGUGUCGGGAGAUACAUUCUUCAUCCCCAUCGGCCCACUCGUCCCCGCAACGCGCUACUUCUAUCGAAUCGAGGGCUCCCCAACCACCCACUCCUUCACCUCGCUUCCUUCUCCUGGCUCUGCUUCCGCCUACCCGUUCAAAGUCGCACUUGUGGGCGAUGUGGGUCAGACGCUCAACAGCAGCACCACAUUCGACAACGUGAAAGCCGGCAGCCCCAGCCUGGUGCUGUUUGCAGGGGAUCUUAGCUACGCUGACCAGUACGGCCCACCGCACUGCACACCUAUGGACUCUGCUCAAUCUCUCCUGACUGCUGAUUCUCCUGAGGCUGGCGGAAAGAGCGAGAGCGAGAGGGAAAGGACGAGCAAGAUAUGUGGGCUGGGAGGGGUGCGCUGGGACUCCUAUGGCCGCUUGUCCGAGAAAGUAUUUGCUCAUAUCCCUGUGGCGCACGUCCCAGGGAACCAUGAGAUCGAGCUCGUGCCGAGGUGGGGCGAGCUGCGGCCGUUCAAAGUGUAUUCUGCACGGAUCCCCCCUCUGCUGCACCACCACCACCCGCUGCUGGCGAGCCUGCUGUCCAAGGCUGGACUUACUCCCAACCACCAUCACCAUCAUCAUCACCACCAUGCGUACCCGGCCAAGGCACCGCUCUUCUACUCCAUGGACAUCGGCCCCGUGCAUGUGAUCGCCAUCAACUCCUACUCGCCUUUCGUUAUCUACACGCACCAGUGGUACUGGCUGCGGGACGACCUGUGCCGCAUCGACCGCGAGAAAACCCCGUGGGUGGUGGCGUUCAUGCACGUGCCUCUCUACAACAGCAACGAUGGGCACUACUUGGAGGGCGAGCCAAUGCGGUACGAGAUAGAAGAGUGGUUGCACGAGGCAGGGGUGGAUCUGGUGGCGAGCGGGCACGUGCAUGCAUACGAGCGCAGCUACCCUGUGUACGGGAUGAAGCGCAUGGAGAACGGGUGUGCCGCCGUGCAUGUGACAGUUGGGGAUGGUGGCAACAUUGAAGAGAUCGCCGGCCCGUGA